GGAAUGUGGAAAGAGCUUUCGGCUGAGUGGUGAUCUCACUUCCCAUCAAAGAAUUCAUACAGAGGAGAAACCCUAUCAGUGCUUCGAAUGUGGAAAGAGCUUUCGUCAGAGUGGUCUCUCACUUCUCGUCAAAGAAUUCAUACAGGGGAGAAACCCUAUCAGUGCCUCAAAUGUGGGAAACGCUUCAGUCAAAGCGCCAAUCUCACUUCCCAUCAAAGAAUUCAUACAGGGGAGAAACCCUAUCAGUGCUUCAAAUGUGGAAAGAGCUUUCGUUUGAGUGGUGCUCUCACUUCCCACCAAAGAAUUCAUACAGUGGAGAAACCCUAUCAGUGCUUGGAGUGUGGAAAGAGCUUUCGUUUGAGUGGUGCUCUCACUUCUCAUCAAAUAAUUCAUACAGGGGACAAACCCUAUCAGUGCUUGGAGUGUGGAAAGAGCUUUCGGCUGAGUGGUGAACUCACUUCCCAUCAAAGAAUUCAUACAGGGGAGAAACCCUAUCAUUGCUUAGAAUGUGGAAAGAGCUUCAGUCAGAGCUACUCUCUCACUUCCCAUCAAAGAAUCCAUACAAGAGAGAAAACAUCUUAGUGUUUGGAAUGUGGGAAAAGAUUCAUUCAUGGCCCACCAAAUAAUUCAUACGGGGUUGAAAGCAUAUCAGCACAUGGAAUGUGUAUAAAAUUUCACUUGUUAAAAAGUAAAUUUAAGAUCUCACACCAGGGUGAAGUAUAGAAGUAUAGAUUCAGAAUCUAGUCCAACCCCUUCCAGAAGUCUCAUUUCAAGCAUCCAUGACAGGUGGCCAUCCAACUUCUUAAAACUCCCCAAUGAAGGCCCUCCCCCUUCAGAGAGAGUUCCUUUUCACUGUCAGCUCUUACUAUCAGAGGGAAAAUAUAAAAAAGACUUUGGAGAAGAUUUCCGGUGUGAUGGCCUAUGGCGUUUGGCUGCUUUCCCAGGACACCGGACCCCAGUCAUGCAAUUAAACAAGGUGAAUCUGGGGGUAAUUAUCCCUGUUGAACCCCGCAGGGAUGGGGCGCACGUGCCUUCACCCGCACGCCGUCCGAUAUCUGCCGCUCACUACAGUGGAGGCAGGGGCGCUGGGUGUUUAUCAUUGCACUGAUUGGACACUCUCCAAUGCCAACGCCAUGAGCGGGAGCAUUCCUGUUUUUCAACAAUGAUUUGCAUUCAGACUUUGAAAGGACUUUUGUCGCUCUGCUGCAGAAGAUGUGAGGUGAGCGUCUCAUCUUUUUUUAUACUUAGUGCUGUUGGGCCAACGCCCUCCCUCACUUGUCCGAAAGGUGAGGAACUUUGCCCGUAGUAGCAGAGUACAGCAGAAGCAGACUCUGGUUGGAAUGCAGCAUCAAGAAAAUAAUAAAUCAACAGAGCGACGAGCUGACUCACGCAGCCGUAUCCUUCAGCAAAAGCCAGAUGCAAGGACCAGAGGGGAGGAUGAUAGAUAUAGAAAUAGCUC